GCUCAGCAAAACCCCAAAACCCUAAUUCCCGCGUGUCGUCGUUUCUUUUAUCACUAUUCCACACUCAGAAUUCCAGUCAGCGAUGGCGAAAAGGAAAAGAGAUCCUCAGAACAACAACGAAGAGCAGAAACAAGUACAGGGAAAACCAAUCGAAGAGCCACCAAAGGAAGCAGAGGAUAAACCCGUCGUUGCAGACGGGGAAGAACAGGAUGAAGAAGAGCAGAGCUUCGAAGAAUUGGGUUUGGAUUCCCGCCUCAUUCGCGCCCUAUCGAAGAAAUCAAUCGAAAAACCAACUCCUAUUCAGCGUGUCGCGAUUCCCCUUAUCCUCGAAGGCAAAGACGUUGUGGCCCGAGCGAAAACCGGCUCUGGGAAAACAUUAGCUUAUCUGCUUCCACUGCUUCAAAAGCUUUUCGCUGAGUCGCCUUCGAAAAAGAACCUCGCCCCUGCAGCUUUUAUUCUUGUUCCCACUCGAGAGUUAUGCCAGCAAGUUUACUCAGAGGUUAUGUCGCUAAUAGAAUUAUGCAGAGUGCCACUGAAAACAAUCCAAUUGAAGAGUAUGAUGUCCACUUCUGACUUGAGAACAUCAUUAGCAGGGCUUCCUGACAUCGUUGUAUCAACUCCUGCAUGUGUACAAACAUGCUUGAAAAAUGGCAUCCUCAACUCUAAAGCUCUUCAAGAAUCCCUUUCGGUUCUAAUCCUUGAUGAGGCAGAUCUUCUCUUGUCGUAUGGAUAUGAGGAUGAUCUGAAGGCACUAACAGCUCAUGUUCCAAAGCGUUGCCAAUGCCUUCUCAUGUCUGCUACCUCAAGUGAUGAUGUCGAAAAGCUGAAAAAGCUUAUUCUGCACAAUCCGUACAUUUUAACCUUACCUGAAGUGGGAGAUGUAAAGGAUGAUAUUAUCCCAAAAAACGUCCAGCAAUUUUAUAUUUCAUGCAGUGCCCGCGAUAAGCUUGUGCAUAUCCUUGCUUUGUUGAAGUUGGAGCUGGUUCAGAAGAAAGUGCUGAUUUUCUCUAAUUCAAUUGACAUGAGUUUUAGACUGAAGCUGUUCCUUGAACAGUUUGGAAUCAAAUCUGCAGUUUUAAAUGCUGAGUUACCUCAAAAUUCCCGUCUACACAUUCUCGAGGAAUUCAAUGCUGGUCUUUUUGAUUACCUAAUUGCAGCUGAUGACAGUCGAUCAGCAGAGGAGCAAAAUGACAAGGAAAGUCAUGCUCCUCCAAAAAGAUCUAGAAGACGUAAACAAAAGUUGGAUGCGGAAUUCGGUGUAGUUAGAGGAAUAGACUUUAAGAAUGUGCACACGGUGGUAAAUUUUGAUAUGCCUCAAACUGCUGCCGGUUAUGUGCAUCGGAUUGGACGUACUGGAAGGGCAUAUAGUACUGGUGCGUCUGUUUCCAUGGUAUCCCCUGACGAGAUGGAGAUCUUCGAGGAGAUAAAAUUGCUUUUGGGUGAAAAUGGCGAGCAGGAUUCCAAAUUCAUUGCUCCAUUCCCUUUGCUUACUAAGAAUGCUGUGGAGUCCUUGCGAUACAGAGCCGAGGAUGUUGCAAGGAGUGUAACUAAAAUUGCGGUGAGGGAAUCACGUGCGCAGGAUCUAAGAAAUGAGAUUCUCAAUUCUGAAAAGUUGAUGGCUCAUUUUCAAGAUAACCCUAAGGACUUAGAUCUAUUGAAACACGACAAAAUUUUGAGCAAAAAGGAACCAGCGCCUCACUUGCGUGAUGUGCCCGAUUACUUACUUGACCCGACAACACAAGAAGCUAGCAAGAUUGUGAAGCUAGCUCGGGCUGCAAUGGGAAAUGCAAAACCUAGCCGCCAGAAAGGGCUCAAAGGGAAAUCUAACAAAAGCAGAGAUCCUCUUAAAACAUUUUCAGCAAAGGGACCAAAACGGUCGCAUAGAGGUGGGAGUAAGAGAAAAGGCCCAAAAAAGGAUGAUGGUCAGUGAGACUACAAAAAGGCUUUGUUUCAAGUCUUGUGGACUGUAAUUUAUGGUAGGUAUGAUUUUUCAAGAUCUUAAUAUUAUUUUCACCUUGUUGGCACAAAAAUCAUUGUGUUUUAUUUACAUCUCAAAAUCAGUAGACAAGUCUUGUAAACUGGCUUGACAGGGAUUAUAGAUAUACUACAAUUGUAAAAGUCAGAUUGAGGUAGGUGAUUUUCGUUGAUUGGAAAAUUUUGGAGAUGAAAUUGUUUUCUUUAUCCUUUUGCAAUUGAUAAUUCCUAGGACCAUGUAUUUAGCGUACGCGAAAAUGAGAAUUUUCGAAUUUGGGAAAUUGGAAGGGAGUGCUUUGAAUCUCAGUAAUGGUUGAUUUUAUAAAUUUUGUAUGGAAGGUGGUGG